AUGGCUCCAAAAAAGACGACGGAAAACACAUCGAAAGAAUACAAAAAACUCUUGCUUAAACGUGACAACUUGGUCCGUUCGAUUUUGAGUCAUGCCGAAAAAAUGAAAGAAGGAACCACGCCAAAUAUGGCAGCAACUCGGAUGAAACAACUUGAAGGUACGCAUGAAAAGUAUGAGGCAAUUAUCGAAAAAAUAGAAGAUCAUGAUGAUUAUGAUCCAGACCAUUUAGAGGUCGACAGUGAAGAUGUAACCGAAGCAUUUAUUAAGGCAAUAGGAUUGAUUAAAGACGCACUAGGUGAAAAUUCGAACGACACAAUAUCGUUAAGCUCGACAAUGGCAACACGUAGCAUCACAACAACUUCAGAAGUAAAGUUACCCACGAUUUCAAUUCCAAAGUUCGAUGGUUCAAAGGCAUUGGAAUGGACCACAUUUUAUGACACAUUCUCUUCGCUUGUCGACCAAAAUGAAAAAAUUCCAAAAAUAAGCAAAAUGCACUAUUUGCGCGAUAGUUUAAAGGGCGAAGCGUUUCGGUCUAUAAGCAAAUUGCCUGCUUCCGACGUUAAUUAUGAAAUCGCCUGGAAAAUACUGCAAGAACAAUAUCAUAACAAACGCGCAAUUGUGAACAACUGCUUGAAAUCGUUUAUUUUUCAAGAUAGCAUUAAAACACAAAAUGCAAGCAGCAUCCGCAAUUUGAUUGAUACCACAAAAGAGUCUCUCCAAUGCAUAGAAUCACUCGAUGUGAGCAUCGAUGAUUGGGAUCCGUUCAUUGUUUAUGUUUUGCAAACGAAAUUGGACAGAGACACAGCAAUUGAUUGGGAGAAAAAACUCAGCGGCUCCAAAGAAAUUCCCGAAUAUUCAACAAUGUUGGAGUUCCUCGAAACUCAAUAUAGAAUAAUGAAAGCGCCAAUAGAAAUGUCAUGCAAUUCACAAGCAAUAUCACAGAAAGUCCACUCAACAAGAGUACCAAACACGAGCAAUAAAAAAGAUGUAUGUGAAGUCUGCAAGGGCGAGCAUUAUGUGUUGUUCUGUGACACGUUCAACGCAUGGAACGUCACCCAAAGAAAACAAUUUGUUACAGACAAAGGUCUUUGCGUCGUGUGCAUGAAAAAACAUGAAAUGGAAAACUGUAAGUCCAAGUUUCGCUGCAAAAAAUGCAAUGGUCUCCACAGCACAAAGUUGCACGAAGACGAAGCAUCAGCAAGCCAACGCGUCGCAACGAUUAACGAUCUGUCCACUUCAAACCAAAAACUUUUGGCCACAGCAAUCGUGAAAGUUCAAGACAAAUUUGGCACGUAUCAUAUGUUUCAUGCAUUGAUCGAUCAAGGUUCUCAAGGCAUAAUUGUGUCUGAGAAUGCCGUUCAAACACUAUGCUUACCCCGAAAAAAAGAACAAAUUCCAUUGAUUGGCCUCGAUGACAAACCACUUGGAAAGGCUACGAAAUCGGUCCGAUUACAAGUGAAAUCAGCAGUUGAUGAGUCAUUCGUAAUUUCAAUGGAGGCCCUUGUAAUGCGCUCAAUCAUGUCUGGAUGUCCACAAUUCGCAAAGAAAACCAAUAAUUGGAAACAUUUGAAGGGUUUAAAUCUCGCCGAUCCACACUUCAUGGACACAAAUAAAGUCGACAUUUUGUUAGGAGUAGAUAUUUAUGGCAUCAUCUUACAAAGUGGAAUCAGAAAGGGAAAAAUCAAUGAACCAGUAGCUCAAAAUACAGCACUAGGGUGGCUCGUUUUCGGUGCCGCCUGCAAUGAAAAAGAUUACAGCGUUCGCAUUCAUACUACCCGAUUCUCAACCGAACACAAUGAAAAUGUCAAGAGCAAUGAUGAUGAUGAUUUGAAUACAGCUUUGAAACGUUUUUGGGAGAAUGAAGAGGUUCAAAUGAAACCCAUUAUGACAGAAGAACACGAAAAAUGCGUUGAAAUGUGCAAAGCAUCAACAGUUCGUCUGCCAGAUGGGCAGUUACAGGUUUCCCUUCCAUUCAAUAUGGAUCGAAAUGAUGAAAACUUUCUCGGGGAUUCUCGUAAGAUGGCAUUGCGAAGAUUUUUUCAUUUGGAAAAGAAAUUCGAACGAGAUCAAACCUAUUAUGAACGUUACAAAGCUGACAUGUUGAGUUAUUUGCAAUGUAACCACAUGAAUCUUAGCAAAACUCCACUUAAUGAAGGCUAUUACGUGCCACAUCAUGCUGUUACUCGCGAAGAGAGCACAACAACCAAACAACGCACUGUUUUCGAUGCUUCAGCGAAAACAUCAAAUGGUUUUUCAUUGAACGAUCGCUGCUUGAAUGGCCCAACAAUCCAACCCGAAUUAUUCGACAUUUUUACUCGCUGGCGUACACACAAAAUCGCUCUAGUUGCAGAUAUAGAAAAAAUGUAUCGACAAGUUUCGCUCGCCCCGGAAGAUCGAAAAUACCAAAAAAAUUUGUGGAGAUUUUCGAAAGAAGAACCCAUCCAAACAUAUGAAAUAAAUCGCGUUAUGUUUGGUGGCAAGGCAGCCCCAUAUUUGGCUAUCAACGCAACAUUUCAUUUGGCUGAUACUGAAAAGGAAAGAUUUCCUCGAGCAUCUGAAUGUGUGAAAACUUGUUUGUAUGUCGAUGAUUGCAUGGGCGGCAGCCAUUCGAUUGAAUCUGCAAUUGAACUUCAACGGGAAUUGAAUGGUUUGUUUAAUGCUGGGCAUAUGCACCUUCGAAAAUGGGCAUCAAACAGUGAAAAAGCAUUAGAAGGCAUUGCUAUUGAAGAUCGAGCACUUAGCCCAUCAUUGGUAUUAAAAACUGAUGAAAUGGUUAAAACACUUGGCAUGAAAUGGACACCAUCAACAGAUUUAUUGAGUUUCACAAUAGACAUGUCAAGAUUAUCAUCGGAUGCUCAAAUCACAAAGCGAACGUUGGCGUCCGAUGCAUGUAAACUUUAUGAUCCUCUUGGUUUGUUGGCUCCGCUCACCAUUAAAGCAAAAAUCAUCAUGCAAAGAACGUUCAAAGAGAAAAUCGGCUGGGACGAUUUUGUUGAUGCCUUAACGCAAACCGAAUGGAAUGAAUAUCGAAACGAGCUCUCAUUGAUUCAAAAAAUAAAAAUCGAUCGUUGGCUUAAACUGCAACCCAAUUCAAAGAUAAAAUUGCACGGAUUUAGUGAUGCAUCCGAUAAUGCGUUUUCGGCUUGUAUUUAUAUCGUGCAAACAUCAAAUGGAAUAACCACCGCAUUUCUCGUGUGUGCAAAGACACGUGUGGCACCAAUUGAUCCAGUUCCAACACCUCGCUUAGAAUUGUGUGGCGCUGUUUUGUUGGCCAAUUUAGCUCAUCGCAUCGAAAACAAUUUGAAAAUCAAAAAGAAUGAUGUUCAUUUAUGGACAGACUCCUCAGCGGUUUGGCAUUGGCUCCAGCACCACCCAUCCCGUUUUCAUGUGUUUGUAGCACAUCGGGUAUUAGAAAUUCAAAAACUCUAUCCAGCGAAACAUUGGAGACACGUACGAACACACGAAAAUCCCGCCGAUCUCGCUUCUCGAGGAGCAUUUGCACAUCAAUUGAUUAACAAUUCGCUUUGGUUUUUUGGUCCCAAAUGGCUCAUUCUUGACAAAGAACAUUGGCCAAAGAUCAAUUUGUCGAUACCACCUGAAAUCAAUCUGGAAGAGAAACGAACAAAGGUGAACGUUACAAUUCCGACAGCCAAACCAAGUGAAAUGAGUUUUAUCCUCCGAUUCUCCGGCCUCACUCGAUUGCUGAGAAUCACAGCUCGCCUUUUACGCGUGAUAAACAGAUACAGAAAGGGUGACUGUGUCAUGCCCGAUUAUGUAACUGCCGAUGAGCAUCAAAAUGCAAAAAUGGUUUUGGUGAGACAUACGCAAUCAGUUUAUUUCGCAAGGGAAAUCGCGGAUCUUCAGCGCAAUGGAUUUGUCAAUGAAAAAAGUACGCUUCGUUCACUCAAUCCAAAACUUGAUGAAAAUGGAAUUCUAAUUGUCGAUGGUCGAUUACGGUAUUCAACAUUGCCGGAAAGACAAAGAUUUCCAAUGAUUUUGCCCGCAGAAUGCCACCUCUCGAAGCUAAUUAUUGAUUCAGCGCACAUCAAAACGUUACACGGCACAAUUCAGUUGACUUUGGCUCAUGUUCGUCACGAAUUUUGGAUUUUAAACGCACGCAAUAUGGUGAAAUCGACAGUUCACAAAUGCAUUGAUUGUUAUCGCCAGAAACCGAAGCCAAUGCGACAAUUGAUGGCACCAUUGCCCACAAUAAAAACAUCACCUUCACGCGCUUUUUUACAUUGUGGUCUUGACUUUGCCGGCCCAAUUGAAAUCAAAAGCUCAAGCAAACGAAAUUCACCAUCAGAGAAGGCAUACAUUUGUGUGUUCGUGUGUAUGGCAUCAAAGGCAGCUCAUGUAGAACUCGUUGGAGAUCUCAGCACACAAAAAUUCAUUCUCGCCAUUCGACGAAUGAUGGCUCGGCGUGGAAUUGUGUCUGAUUUUUAUUGUGAUCGAGGCACCAAUUUCCAGGGAGCAAAAAAUGAAUUACCACGACUCUUUCUCGAAGCAAAAUCAACGGUAUCCAAUGAAAUUGCGAAGCUCUUUGCCUCCGAUGGCACGCGCUUUCAUUUUAACCCCCCAUACGCUCCAAAUUGGGGUGGUCAAUGGGAAUCGUUUGUGAAACUAACAAAACAUCAUUUCCGAAGAACCACUACAUCGAUCAAACUCACCUUCGAAGAGAUGACAACGCUUUUGGCACAGAUUGAGGCCUGUCUAAACUCCCGACCGUUGUGUGCAAUCACUACCGACAUUGAUGAUUUAAAUCCGCUUACACCUGGCCAUUUGCUAAUCGGCACACCACUAAAUUUGAUCCCCGAACCAAGCCUUCUAACAUUAAAUGAUAACACGUUAGAUCGCUUUCAAGCUAUUCAAAAGGGAGUUCAAAACUUCUGGAAGCGGUUUUACAUUGAAUAUCUGCACGCUCAACACCCUCGCAAAAAGUGGUAUAAGGCACAAAAAGAUAUUUCAAUCGGCGAUUUGGUGGUCGUAAUCGACGACAAUUUACCCCCCGCAAAAUGGAAAAUGGCACGAGUUACCAGGAUCUUCGAAAGCACCGAUGGAUACAUCAGAAGCGCAACCCUGAAAACAGCCGAUACGGAGAUGACUCGACCAAUUGUGAAGCUGU